AUGUCGGAUUCCUCUCUGAUGAAUGGUGAAAAUGGCCUUAAAAAGGUGACAAGUUUAUUGCCGACGAAUGGAGGAAAUGGCAGUUACAGCUACUUCAAAAACUCUUACUAUCAGAGAAUAUCAGCAAUCUUUGAACACAAAAAGAUCAGCGAGGAAAUAGCGGAGAAGUUUGACGUUGAAGACCUUUCCCUUUCGAAAGCGAUUCGAAUAGCAGAUUUGGGAUGUGCGACAGGACCAAACACCAUUAUGAACAUGCUAAACAUAGUGGAAGCCAUCAAACAAAAGUACGAAGCCAAUAAGUGUCCGGCAAUACCUUCAACAAGGCCUGAGUUUCAAUUGUUUUUCAACGACCUUGUCACGAACGAUUUCAACACCCUUUUUAAGUCUCUCCCAGAAGACCGAGACUACUUCGUCGCCGGAGUUCCUGGCUCCUUUCUCGAUCGAAUCUUCCCCGAGUCAUCUCUCCAUUUCGUUUACACGUCCCACUCUCUCCAUUGGCUCUUCAAGUUGCCCGCAGAAUUGGAAGAGGAAAACUCUCCGGCGUGGAACAAAGGGAGGGUUCACUAUACAAAUGCGCCGGACGACGUGGCUGAUGCUUACAAAUCGCAGUUUUGUGAGGAAGUGAGGAAGUUUUUGGAUGCUAGGGCUAAAGAGCUUGUGGGUGGAGGGAUGUUGGUGAUUAUCAUGUCAGGAACUCCUGUUGAUUUGCCUUUGUCUUCCACAGCAAACGGUAAAAUGUUUGAGUUUAUGGCGUCUACCCUUAUGGAAAUGGUGCGGGAGGGAUUGAUUAAAGAAUCUCAAGUGGACUCCUUCAACUUGCCCUUAUAUCAAUCUGCCUCUCCUGAGGAGAUAGUGGAUAUCGUGGAGAGAAAUGGUUGUUUUAGCAUUGAAAGGUUGGAGCUAUCUAAGCCAUCGUCAUGGUUGAAAGGCGCUGCCGUCGAUGUACCGGCGUGGAUGAUGCAUGCAAGAGCCGCAAUGGAAGGAAAUUUCAUCAAACACUUUGGAAGUAAUGAGGUUGUCGAUGAAGUGUUUAAGCGUUUGACCAAAAAACAUUUGGACCACUCUGAGCUGCUUCCUCAAUGGUGCAACCAGGAUGUUCAGCUCUUUAUUGUCUUGAAGCGAAAGAAGAUCAUAAGCAUGUGA